CUCCUUUCCUUUUGUCUUUCUUUAUCUCAUUUUUAAGAGGUUGUGUUUUUUUGUUUGUUUGUUUGUUUGUUUUUUGGUGAUGGAAAAGGAUGUUGGUUUUUCUCAGAACAAGGAGCUGGAAUUGAGGUACAGAUCAAUAGCAUCCUUGUUGAAGUGGCUGUCACUUGAAUUCUUUGGAAAUCAUUGGAGAAAACAGAAAGAAACUGAAACGUCUUUGGUUCUAGCAUACAGCAAAGUAGAGAAAACAUAAGAAUCCCUGUCUUCAUGGACUUUACAUUCUAGUAGGGAAAAUAUAUAAAAACAAAAUAAGUAAAAAAAACCAUAAGGUAUGUUAAUUAUGAAUGAAAAUGAAUAAAAUAAAUACUGAAAGGAGAUGCGGAAUGUUGGAAGAGAACUGCUGUUUUAAGUAGAAACAUCAGGGGAAGCCUCACCAAAAGGUAACAUUUAGGUAAAUAUCUGCAGGAGAUGAAUGAAUGCAACAAGUAAAUAACUGGUCUAAAGCAUUUCAGGCACAGGGAACUGCCAAUUCAAAGGCUUUGAAGUAGGAAUUUACUGGUCUGCUCACCUAACAGCAAGAAUGGCAAAGUGGCUGGAGCAGAGGGCAAGAGAAUAUUAGGAGGUGAGCUUGAUAUGUAACGGGGACCAGAUCAUGUAAGAAGAUGUAGGCCAUUGAAAAGAACUUUGUUUUUUCCUCUGAGAGAAAAUGUCAUUAGGAGAUUUUUUUCCAAAGAGGUGACAUAAUCUGACAAGACAUAUUCUGAAUAAAUAGUAAAGAUCACUUGCAUGUGUUGAAUUUUGAAGUGAUAAAGAAAUAUUCAAGAGAAGAGUUCUUAUGUAUAGUUGGAAAGAGCUACAGCUCAAAUGAAAUCCAGAAGAGUCAUUGGUCAUGAUAGGGAAGACGGAUGUUCAAUAAAGGUUUACUGGACGUAUAUUUGUAUAAAUUUCUAAUCUUUAUUCAGUGACAUUAGAAGAUAGUGACUUCUAUAUAGUUAAAAGGAGGUUGGAACCCCAGGCUUUUGAUCAGUCUGCCACCUGAUUUGGCCUGUCACCUAUCCAAAAUCACUACCUGUGAAAAUAUUACAAAGACGUAUUUCAAUUUCAGAGCUAAACAACCUCUAAUUUUAAUUACUCUUUCAACAAUAAUGCUUUACAAUUGUGUUUCCUUGUAUUUUAUAACACCAUGUUUCUAUUUUGCCCUUAACUGAGAAAUCUCAAGUAUUUAACCUCUUCGGUAUGAUGCAUAGUUCAUAUUUUACAUCAGGUCUUUUAGUUAAAGUGAACACUAUGUUUUUGAACAAAAUGUGCUAUUUUUCUUAUGAAGCAAUUGAGGCAAAAUAAGAACAAUAACAAUUCCUUCAGGGGCUGAAUAAAGCACACUUUAAGCCACAUGGAUUUGAUAAUAUAAAGCAGAAUGUUUCAUAAUUCUUAUUUCACUUUUGUUCUUCCCACAUAUCUUUAAGCCAGUUAAAUCCUCCUGGAUUUCAGCAGCCUUGGGGCAACUAUCCCAGUUCCUAAGCUAAAAUUUAUUUACCUCAGACAAAGUUCAUGAGUCCCAGUCGAUUCAACCACCUUGGAACUUGGACUCUCUCUACUGGUGCUAUGUUUUGUUAUCUUGGAUAAUUAAGAGUGCUGCCUUUGUUUCCCAAUUUUUAACUUUCAACACAUAACUGAAAAACUCUCAGAAAGCUGAUCUAUCCAAGCUAAUCAUCUCUGAAGAAUUGCAGACUCAUUCAGUACUAAAGCAAAUCUUUCUUCUAUGUGAGCCCAAAAUAAGGAAAAACAGCCUGUCAAACACCUGUAAAGAGAUGGCUAUCAUCAUAUGGAAAUUUGAAGAGCUUCUAUGUGGCACAUUCAUGAUCCAAAUGGGAAUCAACUGUCAUGAUAUCCCAGAAGGCCUUAUAACAGAGUAAACAAGAGGGAAAAUUAUAACAGCUUGUCACCUGUGUUUGCACACUAGACUUCAGUGUAGUUACUAUAAAAGAAGAUCCAAGGAAAAUAUGCAGAUAGUUCUUUGAAAACCCCAAAAUUAUGUGCAGGGGCUCAGACCAAAGCAGGAGAAAGGAAGCUAUUUUACACUCACUCUGUACAACCCAUUGAUAAGUCUUUUAGAAAGAGUAGCAGUUGAUUGUGAAUUUAUGUUUUGAACCACCAUUUGGCAAAGGUAGUUGCUCUGGAAAGAAACAUGCCUGCAAAUGACACUUGUGCUGUGCCAGAUGGAGACAAUGGAGAUUUUCGAUAUUUUAUCUAUGCAGUGACAUACACUGUAAUUCUUGUGCCAGGUCUCAUAGGGAACAUAUUAGCCUUGUGGGUAUUUUAUGGCUAUAUGAAAGAAACCAAAAGGGCUGUGAUAUUCAUGAUAAACUUAGCCAUUGCUGACUUACUACAAGUUCUCUCCCUGCCACUGAGGAUCUUUUACUACUUGAAUCAUGACUGGCCAUUUGGGACUGGUCUUUGCAUGUUCUGUUUCUACCUGAAGUAUGUCAACAUGUAUGCAAGCAUCUACUUCUUGGUCUGCAUAAGUGUGCGACGAUUUUGGUUUCUCAUGUACCCCUUUCGCUUCCAUGACUGCAAACAGAAAUAUGACCUAUACGUCAGCAUCGCUGGAUGGUUGAUCAUCUGCCUUGCCUGUCUGCUCUUUCCUCUCUUCAGAACCAGUGAUGACACUUCAGGCAACAGAACCAAAUGCUUUGUGGGUCUUCCUACCAGGAAUGUCAAUCUGGUCCAAUCUAUUGCCAUGAUGACCAUUGGUGAGCUGAUUGGGUUUGUCACUCCUCUUCUGAUUAUCCUUUACUGUACCUGGAAGACAGUUUUAUCACUGCAUGAUAAAUAUCCUGUGGUCCAAGACCUUGGGGAGAAAAAGAAAGCCUUGAAGAUGAUUCUAACCUGUGCAGGAGUAUUCUUAAUUUGCUUUGCACCUUAUCACUUCAGUUUUCCUUUAGAUUUCCUGGUCAAGUCCAACAAAAUUCAAAGCUGCCUAGCCAGAAGGGUGAUUCUAAUAUUUCAUUCUGCUGCCCUCUGUCUUGCUAGUCUGAAUUCCUGUCUUGACCCAGUCAUAUACUACUUCACCACUAAUGAGUUCAGAAGACGACUUUCAAGACAAGAGAGCAUCCAACUCCAUGGAAAAUCCUUUGUGAAUAUAUGAAGUGAAUUAGCGUUAGCAAUUUUAUCUGUGAACCUAAGACACAGAGAGUAUUUGCUUGGGCUCAUCAUAAGCACUUAGUUUUGCUGCAAUGGACACUGAGUCUUGGUACUUAGAGGCAAUGUAGUUGUCUAUUUAUUAUAGUAAUCACAAUUUAUAUUCAAAUACAAUAUUUUUAUUGUAUUUUAAGUAGGAUGAACAACAUGUUAUUCUGUGAAAACAAAGUGGUAUAAACAUGGAAUCAUUUUUAUCUUUCAUGUGUGAUUAUACAGUAAGGUUUGAAGACUUAAAUAACUAUUUCCUACAUUUAAGUGUCAUUAUUAAACAUCAUCUGACACACCUAUUCAUAAAAUGAAUAUUCAAACUCAAGCUUCUGGUAUGUUUAAAGUAAGAACAGGAAACAAAUACACAUACAGUAAUUUCUAUGACUGUAUAAGAUGCCAUAUUGAAUCUACCAGGUCAGAUACCUUGCCAAAAUACAUAUGAUGUGACCCAAAUUGCCUCUAUAGGGCCAGAACAGAUCCUAUAAGUGACAAUCACAGUUCUGGUUCUCUUGAACUAUUUCUAAAGAACACCUAUGGAAAUGUAUUGACCUGCCUAGAAGAGAGAGUUUCCACCAUGCUUCUAGACUAACAUUGAAUAUCUCUGACAGUUUUCUGGUCCAGUUUUACCCCAGUCAUACCAUUGUGAGGCCUGCACAGCCUACCUCCCAGCAGCUGGGGAAGGAGAUUCAUCUUUUGGGAAAAAGUGCAGAAGACUAAGAAUAGUAAUUAAAUCUGAGGUUUUAAAUAUUAUAGUACUUUGAAAUAUGUUUUAACAAAAAUCUCUAACUUUAAAAAGUGAUUUACUUAAAAUCUGUGCACUAUAUAAUAAAGACACAUGCUACUACUCAUCUGGAAGGAAUGUGGGAAUCAACCAAGGGCUCCAUCAUAUUUUUAUAAAAAGGAGUUGUUUUAUGCACAUAAUUAUGAUACUAAUAUGAUUGGAGGAGAAACUGGUAAAAUCAAAAUUAUUUCUAAUAUCUGAGAGGAAUGGAAGAUUUUCUAAUGUUUUCUCUGGACAAGUAUUGAUUUUGCAUGUACUUUA